GCUACUGUUGUUGUAACAUCAGCCGUUGUUGCAUCAGUAACUGUUGUUGUAGCAUCAGCUGCUGUUGUGUCAGCCACUGUAGUUGUAGCAUCAGCUGGUGUAGUAUCUGCCGUGGUUGCGUCAGCCACUGUAGUUGUGUCAGCUAGUGUUGUUGUAACAUCAGCCGUUGUUGCAUCAGCAACUGUUGUUGUAUCGUCAGCUAUAGCUGUGUCAGCAACUGAAGUUGUAGCAUCAGCUGCUGCAGUUGUUGUAACAUCAGCCGUUGUUGCAUCAGCAACUGUUGUUGUUGCAUCACUGUAGUUGUGUCAGCCACUGUAGUUGUAGCAUCAGCUGCUGUAGUAUCUGCCGUAGUUGCGUCAGCACCUGUUGUUGUGUCAGCUACUGUUGUUGUAACAUCAGCCGUUGUUGCAUCAGCAACUGUUGUUGUAACAUCAGCUGU